AUGUCUGAACUUGGUCACUGUAGUGAUUCGUCAUGCACUGAAAAAAAUGCUCGUCUUUUCGAAUGUGUCCAUCAUUGUAUGAAAUUAGUUUGUCUUCAACAUCUGAUAGAACACGAUCGAUUGAUUGAUCAUAGCCAAGAAUAUUUCGAUGAACUUCGUGUGGAAUUAAAACAAUUAUGGACAACUUAUUCGACGUUUGUCGAUGAAAUGAAACUUCGUUUAGAAUACGAACAAAAACUCAAAAACCACCAAAAAUUAAUAGAAGAUGUAACGAAUCUAUGGGAGUCGAAUUCGAAUGAUAUCGAAGGGUAUCGAAUAACGAUUGAUAAACUUCGACAGUAUAUCGAACAGGAAAAAUUAUUCAAUGAAGAUUGUUUAGUACUCGAAGUGAAAAGUGAACCAAUCGAAGAUGUUGAAACGAUCGAAAAACUUGAUUCAAUGGAUUUCGAUAUGACUUUACAAACACAUAGAUUCACCAGUGAUAAUUCAUUACGAAAACAAAAACUAUUCAAAGAAAAUUCAAUCGACUAUGAUCCGAUGAUUGAAAAUACUAUUGAAGAAAGCGUAAAGAAUCCGUCGAAUCAAGCUCGACUAACUGGACGAUUUGCUAGUCAAUGUCCAUUUUGGCUUGAUGGUGCAUUUGGUUUAACAAAAGAGUCGCAUGGAAUGUAUUUAUGUAUACAAGGCAAAUGUUAUCGAAAUAUUUUCGAUCAUUUAUUUAAAUUUCAUCGUUUUACUCUCUCAACUGCAGAGAAACUUCGUCAUGCGAUUAUGAACAACAAAGAUCCUUCUAAAACAAAACUAUUUCGAUCAGAUGAGUCUGUUAUCGAUCGAAUUAGUUACAUUUUCUGUCCGUUUAGUGAUAACAAUCCUUCACCAAUGAAAACAAUCAAAUCAUCAAUUAAGAGAUGCCGAUCGAGAAAGCCUCACGCCAGAUAUGAAUUACGUACACAUAUGAUGAAUACUCAUCGAAUGAGCAUACUGAAAGCUGAUAAACUUAUCUGUAAAUUAGAAGUGUCUACUAAACAGUCAACAAAAUAA